CGGCUCGCCAUCGCCAUCGCCAGUGUUACCUUUGACGGUGGACCGUGCGGUUGCUCGAUGUCAGUGACGUCGGUGUCGGCGCUCGCGCUACACGUCUAUGAUGUUUCGGUAAAUACAAAGUCGGACUCGUGAGUGAACGAUAAUAAUAAAUUUAUUAUCAAAUGUUGGAACACAGUGACAGGUGCAAAUAUUAUACAUUGGAUUUGGAUAUUUUAUGAACUGUGCUAAGUGACGAUUUGAAUUUUUCAACGUAAAUAAAGUGCAGUGGCCCACGAAAAAAGGAUUGCAAAGUGCAAAAAUUGGAUUUUGAAGAUCAUUUGUGGAUUAUAUUAAUAAAUGAUCUGUGCAAUCAUUGCCUUGGAUUGUGUGGAAUAAAGUGACAAAAAGACAAAAAAAAAAUUAAGGGGGUGCGCUUGAAGCGACAGGACGGCGAACUCUGCUAAUACGGCUGGGUACGCGGGGAACAACAUAAGUUACGCGGGAGCACACGCUCCCGACACGGCAAAACACAACCCCCUGCAAGGGACCAUAGGAUACAGAGUCAACGCGCAUAACGGGUAUGGGUGGUGCGGCGGGACGGGCGCGAUGAGCGGCGGCGGCGAGAGCGCGCAGUUCGGCGCCAGCGCCAGCGCCGCCACCGCCGCGAUGGUCGCCGCCGCCUCCACGGCCGCGAUGCAGGACUCGCAGCCAUUCUCGCAGAUGCAAAACAACAUGACUAUGGGAAAUCCCCAGUAUGGUGCGAUGAACGGCUACGGUCAGCAGCGCAGCCAUAACCCAGCCAUGACAGGCAUGAGCAUGGGCGGGAACGGCGGCAUGAACGGUAUGAACGGCAUGAAUGGCAUGACCGGUAUGGGACAGAUGGGCAACGCCGCCAUGAACGGCAUGAACCCGAUGGCGCAGAUGGCCAACAUGGGCAUGCACGCCAACAUGAUGAGCUCGCAGAUGGGCCCCGGGCAGAUGGCGAGCACGGGCAAGAUGACAGCGAGCUACCAAAGGCGACACACGCCUUACCCUUCAGGCACGAUGCUCAUGGGGCAGCGGAAGCCUCAGUACAUGGGCGGCCAGCCGGGUUUCGGCCCGCAGUAUCCCGCCGGGUAUGGCGGCCGGCCGGGAUUCCAAUCUCAAUACCCACCUCAGCAACCUCUGGGACCAACUAGUAACUUCGGCGCAGCCAUGAGAGGGAGUAUGAGACAAUCGACGCCCCCUUAUUCGAACCAAGGGCAAUAUUUCAACGGAGGAGUGCCCAACCAAUUUCCGCAGCAUCAAGGCAGCAACGCGCAAUACGCCGGGCAAUACACGGGGCAGUUCGCGCAGGAGGUGGCGAUGCGCACGAGCAUGUCUUACCAGCAUAGCCCGGUGCCGGGCAAUCCCACGCCGCCGCUUACGCCGGCGAGUAGUAUGCCGCCUUACAUCAGCCCCAAUGCUGAUGUCAAACCCCACUUUAACGAGCUCAAACCAUCGAUGGGCAUGCAAAAUGACGAGCUCCGAUUAACAUUCCCUGUAAGAGAUGGUAUUAUUCUACCACCAUUUAGAUUAGAGCAUAAUUUAGCGGUUAGCAACCAUGUAUUCCAAUUAAAACCCACUGUCCACUCAACAUUAAUUUGGAGAUCGGACCUUGAGUUACAACUGAAAUGCUUCCACCAUGAGGACCGGCAGAUGAACACGAACUGGCCAGCGAGCGUACAAGUGUCAGUGAACGCGACGCCGCUCGUCAUAGACCGGGGCGAGAACAAAACCUCGCACAAACCUUUGUACCUGAAAGAAGUGUGCCAGCCAGGGAGGAACACGAUACAGAUCACAGUCUCGGCGUGUUGCUGCUCUCACCUAUUCGUACUUCAAUUAGUCCAUCGGCCGAGUGUACGUAGCGUGUUACAAGGCUUGCUACGAAAGCGAUUGCUAACAGCCGAUCACUGUAUCGCCAAGAUCAAGAUGAACUUCAACCAGACACCGGUCAACAACAAUAGCUCCAACACGGGCAACGACAGGGAUGGCGUGGAGCAAACGGCACUAAAAGUAUCGCUAAAAUGUCCAAUCACCUUCAAAAAGAUCACGCUACCGGCGCGCGGACAUGAAUGCAAACACAUACAAUGCUUCGAUUUGGAGUCAUAUUUACAACUCAAUUGUGAACGGGGGUCAUGGAGAUGUCCGGUGUGCAAUAAACCGGCACAGUUAGAAGGAUUAGAAGUGGACCAGUACAUGUGGGGUAUUCUUAACACUCUAAAUGGCUCAGAUGUAGAUGAAGUGACCAUAGAUAACGGAGCAAAUUGGAAAGCAGCAAAAAGUGUCACCAACUCUGGCAUUAAGCAAGAAGACGACAGUAAUGACAACAGCGUAGGGAAACGUGGCAAGGCCAUGUCACCCGGGUCUAUGAACAUGCCUACAAUGAACAAUUGGGACAUGAACGCAUUAUCACCAUACCUACCACCAGAUAUGAACACAAUCGCCAGCGGUUCUAUGAUAUCCUCCUACAACCAAAGUGGACAGAGUAGGAACUCAAGCGGGAGCAAUAGUCAGAACUAUGAUUUCGGCAUGAACAAUGGUCCUGGCAGUAAUGAAUUUGCUGGCAAUGGACCUCUGUCACAUUUGAAUGAAAGUGUCAAUUCAUUAGACCCACUCAACGCUAUGGAGAAGAGUCUAAAUGAACAGAUGCCGCAUACCCCGCACACGCCGCACACGCCGGGCUCGGCACACACGCCGGGCGGCGGCGGCGCGCACACGCCCGGCUCCAGCCACACGCCCGGCCCGCCCUCGGUCGGGCAUCCGCUCAGCGAGGUCGACAUACCCGCCGACCUCAACUUUGACCCCGCGGCCGUCAUCGACGGGGAGGGCACCGACAACUUGAACUUGCUUCCUGAAACGAACGUGGACCCGAUGGAACUGCUAUCGUACCUGGACGCGCCGGCGCUGGGCGAGCUGUUGGCCACGCCGCCCUCCUCCUCUUCCUCGGCGGGCAGCCACCCCCCGCGCGCGCCCUCCUCCGACGACCUCCUUGCGCUGUUCGAGUGAGCCUUAACCUUCCUCGCGGAGGCCCAAACCGAAUGAUCCUACGACUCAUAGUCGCCUAGAAUUAUCCUUUGAUCUCGUUAAUGAUACUUCUAAGUGGAAUUCUCAGUUCGCUCCGCGAGUUAUUAAACGACUUGGACGUUACGAGUUACGUUAAGGUUCCCGGUGUUCGUUCGUUUGUGCACGUAGUGCGUCGAUGCAACUGUUCGAGCGAUGAAGCCCGAUAUUGUGAUACUAGAUUUUAGUUCCUCGUCCGUUCGCGGGGGCGCCGAGCGCGGCGGCCGCGCGGACGGGGCACCGCCUGUCGCAGCGACGGUGCCGGAGUACAUUUAUAGUUGUAUAGAUAAAGUAUUGAGAAGAGCGCCGCGCCGGCCAUACCGCGGCGUUGUGCAUGUAUAGUUCCUCGCACCGCCGUCACGGUGGCGCCACUCAAGCUCCCUAUAUUCUAAACUCUAGCAUAAACUGUAACAAAAAUUUACAAUAAAUAUUAAUUCAAUUUGUCUUUCGAUUCAAUGUAAUACUUUUUAUCGAUUAGAAUUGUUUUGGUGUCGUUGGUUGACGAGUAGCCGAGCCGGUUGUAAAUAGAGAGUUUUAUUUGUGCUAGUUGUUUGGUAGCGGUAGGGCGAGCGGCCGCGCCUGUACAUAUAGCGUGCCGCGGCCGCGCGCGCGGGCAUUGUGAAUCUUAUAGUUCCUAUUUGAUGCGAGCGGACUAUAAUGUUCAAUUGCCGUUCAUUGUAAUAUAUUCCUUGACGUUAUCACAUAUUCUGCAUUUUUAAUUAAGUAAGGUACGAUAAGAUCGGUGAGUAUUGCUGUACUCGCAUACUGGGUGAUAUAUUCUAAACGUGUUGUUUCAAAUCGACAAAUUAAAGCGGUAACAAAUUUGUUACGCAACGUAUAUUGUAAAUGUGAGUGCAAAAAUGAACUCUGUUAAAUUAUUUUGCGUUAUUGUGAAUCGAAGAAUGAUAGAAAUAUAUUUUAAUUUCUAUAUAAAGAUAAAUGAACUGUAUUAUUUGUAAAUAUUGACUAGUUAAGAAUAUUAUAUGAAGUAGUUAUAUUUAGGAGAACAUGGCGGAUACUUAUAUGACGGCCAGUUUUAGUGUAGUAUUACUAAAUUAAAAUUCUACACAUGGUUUUACAUGUACAUACAAACAUCAUAAUGCAAUAAAAGCUUGUGAUUCGGUGCGUAAAUGCGGUUGUUCCUCAAAUUAAUUAACGACAAUUGAACAGAAUUGUAAUUACUCUUGUUAGAGUAAACGCAGUGUCAUUGUCAUAUUAAUUUCUAUUAGUUUUUUUAAAAAAAAGUAAGAUAAUGUGAUUAACAGCAACUAAUCAAAAAAGUUUAAUUUGAAAAACAUCGCAAUAAAACAAAAUACAAUUUAGAUAAAAUUAUUCUUACCGACGG